AAAAAGAACAACUUCGAUCGGCGUAGCAGUAAUGUAGUAGUUGACGACAGAGCUGAUAGUGUAGUUGUCGUAUCAGCUGGUCAGUGGGUUUUGAUUAUGUGUGAUUCUUUCGCGUAUGUGCAGUGUCAGUGAAUAGUGAUUUGAGUUCAUUGUGAUUGUAUAUUUGACUGGAAUAUUUCGAAAAUGUUUUCUGGACUUACAAAUCAAGUGAGUUCCUGGAUGGGUGGUACUGGUAAAAAAGAAGGAGAACCUUCUAAGUCUGAAGACGAGAAACUGUCUUCUCCCGUUACAGAAACUGAUACUGGUAACAACACAGAAAGCGAAAAGAAAGAUGCAAGCCCGACAAAAGGCAGCAAGCUGGAAAUGCUAUCCAGUGUGAAAAGUCAAAUGACUGGCUGGUUGAGUAUGGGUGUACCAGGUCUGCGUAAAGGUGAUGAGUCAGCAGCUGAAAACCAAGACCCUUCUGCAGCUGGGGAAGGGAAGCCUGAAGCGGAGUCACCUGCCUCAGAAAAAUCAGUGAAAGGUUCCCCUGUAGAACAGAAAGAAGAUGAUGAUUCAAGGUGGGGCAGUGCCACAGGUGGUGCAGAUAGUGAUGUUGCGGCCUCUGAACCUGGCACCCCAACUGAGGACAAGGAGGGUGGUCAGGCCUUUGGAGGAGCGGUGUCUACAAAAGCCUUACAGGGAGCAAAGUCCAUAGGCAGCUUCCUAUUUUCUGCAGUAAACAAGGCUGGGAAGACUGUCAGUGAAGCAAGUGCUAAAAUCAAAAAGACUGUUGAGGAGAAUAGUCUGUUGGGGGAGUUCAACAAGGAGCAGGAGGCAUUCAUCAAAGAGAAACAAGGUAAGACGUCCGAUGCCGCAGUGCCUCCAUGGGUGGGCUGCCCCAAUGAGGAGAGCCUCAAGGAGGAGUUCCUAACACUCUCAACAGAUAGGCGAAAUUUUGUUCGAAGUCCUCCAGCUGGUGUUGAUUUCCAGUUUGAUUAUGAAGUCUCUUAUCCUGUUGCAAUGGCCACACUAGCUGAAGAUCCCAACCUUGAGAAGAUGAGGUUUGAACUGGUACCUAAAGUGAUCAAUGAGGAAACUUUCUGGCGAAACUACUUCUAUCGUGUGAGUUUGAUCCGUCAGGCAAAUGAAUUGUCUUCAAUGGCUCAGGAAGGUGGCCGGGAACCUGAUCCCACUGCGCGAGCCAACAGCACAGAUGUCGAUCCAGCAGUGAAACCUCACCUCGAUGAUGUGUUAGUUCCGGAAAGCACCUCCACUGACAGCCCUACCCAUGAGUUUGUGUCAGACACUUUCCGGGCAAGUUCCAGUGACCUGGAGGAGGUACGAGAGGGAAUGAAAAAGUUAGGCAUGGACCCAGCCAAGAGGAAUGAAGAAGAAUGGGAGAAAGAGCUUGAAGCAGAGUUGCAAGAUUAUGAAGUGGUUGCUGAUGGAAAUGGUCACCAGGAUUCCAACUGGGAGAAUCAGAUCCAGGAGAUGUUGGAUGCAGAAGAGGCGUCCUCAAGUAGUGAAAACUAGCUCAGUUUAUAAACAGAGAUUUUGGGAAGAAUUACACUAUUUCUCCAAAAUUACUUCUCUGUCCAAAGAAAACAUAUGACUGUUAAAAUAUAAUAUAUAAAUAGCUAGUGUAACUGCACUUUGGUGAACAUAUGUAUGUUGAUGUUUAUUUUUCUGUUUUGUUUUGUUUUGUUUGGAGACUUGAAUGGAAAGAAUUUACUAUGGCCAUCAGUCUCUUUAAGUUGCAUAACAUUUUAUAGUCAAUGAAAGGGUUUGUAUGUAUAUUCUUAUUUUAGUGGCUGGUGAAUGUGGAUCAUGCUGUUGGUAAGUGUAUAUACUGUAUUUGUGGUUCUGCGUGUCUGUAUCUCUCAACAUUGUACAUUAUAGCUGUCAUUCUGCUCUGAGUGUGAGGUUAGGUUUUUAUACUUUUCUUUAUGAUUACAUUUUGUGUAUACAGAUCCACUUGACAAGCCUUCUCAAAAGUCAUUAUAAACUCCUUCCAUAUAACACCAGUUUUCACCUGCUCCUGUUCUGUGAAAUUUGCCAGGUGUUCUGCUAGUGUGUAUGAAUAAACUUGUCUAUGGCCUCGGUCUUUUGAAAGUUGUAACCAACUUGUUAAAACGGUGUUGAGUUGUUUAUCUUUUUGUGUCCUUUCCUAUCACUGUGAUUGUACACAUUUUGAUGUCACUUUUCUGCAGGCAUUCCAUUUACCCCCUAACAUUACAUGGAGAAAUGUGAUCAAUCUUUUGCUGUAAAAAGAAAAACAAUUAAAAUGUGUAAUUAGGUAGUGAAAUCCCUGUCACCUGUAGGAAGUCAUAUAAAGCUUGGAUCCUUAUUAAAAGCAGAGUUUGCUUCUGAGAUUAGUCUGUUUUACACCAUUCUUCAGAAUCAUUCCUCAGAAACCUUACAUGUUGAUUGUAAUGAUAAGACAAUGUGUCCUUACCUUAUGCUACCAUACUUAACCCUUCUAUUGCCAUUUAUGAGUAUGCUUGUUGCCAAAUGUGUUUAUUGUAUGACAAACCAAGAGAAAAAUUUUUGUUCAAAUUAUUUCUUGCAUAGCAAACCAUGUUCAUAUUGCUUCUAAGAGUGUAAUACAAGAAAAUAACUUGCUUGGGACUUUGAAAGUGUGUCAGUGGAAGGUGAGUUUAUGAUUUGAAAUUUAAACAUUAUUGCGAGUUCUGAAGCAGAGGUGGCAUCGCUAUAAAGGUUUUCCUCCCUUCCCUAUAUAACAACUGCACCAAUAUUUUUUUUAUUUCUUAGCUUGGGUUCUUCAUCAGGAACAAUGUGUAUAAUAGGAAGGUGUGUGGUGCAGUGAUAGAGUUUUGUGAAUGGAUAAUUGUGUGCAUGACAUAAGUUGAUGACUGUUGUGUAUAUGCGUAGCAGUUAACUAUGUAACACUAUACAGAUUGUAAACAGACAUAAUAAUAUGUUUCCACUCCAUCACAUGAGAAAAUUAUAAUUUAUUAGGUUACCAUUCUUCCAGUACAUUUAAAAUUAUGUUUAUUUUUAAAAAACUAUGUGAAUCUCAUAUUUGUUAGGAACAUUAUGGUAUCCCAGUAUAUGUAUAACAGUAAACUAUUCAUGUAUCUUGUGGAAAUACAUUUACUGAACAAGGUA